AGAGAGAGAGUGUGUGUGUGUGUGUGUGUGUGUGUGUGUAGCCUGCACCUAUGUGUUGUGCAAUGGAGGAUACCUUCGGAGGAUUUUGCAUUGUACAUGUAACAUGUAGCCUAUCCAUCUAAUCGAUUUCGUUGUGUAGCCGGUUAAUUUGUAGACUAAAGUGAAACUAAAACAGGGAAUUCUUCUGCCUUACUGUUUGAGACAAAAUCGACACACCGGCGUGGCUGCCGGUGUUUCACGUUGUGGUAGGACGUCGCAGAAACCGCGGCUCUGGAGGACUUUUCGGAAGAAACCCUGAACAGAAAAGACCCAUUGGGCGGUAUGAUAAAGUCACAAAGAAGCCGCGAGCUGGGUCCGGUAGCUCGCUGAUAAACAGAACCGGAACAUCUUGGACCUAAGGGGAGACCGCAGGCUCGAAUCACCAACGACCCGAAAUUUGGAUUUAAGCGCGCACGAUCAUGGCUUGGUGCGACGGGAGGUGUACCCUUAUUGUGAUAUGCAGCUUGCAGCUGGUGGCUGCACUACAGAGACAGGUCAUAGAUUUUCUUGGCUACCAGUGGGCCCCUAUCCUGGCCAACUUCCUGCACAUCAUGGCUGUCAUACUGGGAGUAUUUGGCACUGUCCAGUUCCGCUCACGGUACAUCAUACUGUAUGCGGUGUGGUUGGUUAUCUGGGUUGGCUGGAACUCCUUCAUCAUCUGUUUUUACCUGGAAGUGGGACAUCUCUCACAGGAUAGGGAAUUCCUGAUGACAUUCAACACCUCCUUGCAUCGCUCCUGGUGGAUGGAGCAUGGCCCUGGGUGUCUGGUAACAGCUGUUCCUGACUCUCCAUUGGCUCCUCAGGAUCACCAUGUGAUAACUAUCAGUGGCUGCCUCUUAGAUUAUCAGUACAUAGAGGUGGUCAGUGCUUCCCUGCAGGUCUUCCUAGCUCUCUUUGGCUUUGUGUACGCCUGUUAUGUGAGUAAAGUAUUCCUGGAGGAUGAAGACAAUGUUGAUUUCAUUGGUGGAUUUGACUCCUAUGGCUACCGUCCUCCCCAGAAGAAUUCACAUUUGCAGCUGCAGCCCCUCUACACGUGACGGUUCAUCAGAUCCACUGACCAUUGAUGAGGAAAGAGAGUUGGCACAACACAACUCUUCAGAUCGCUGUGAGCCCUGAUGUGGGAUGAAUAAAUGAAAAUAAACUUUAGUAACUGUGUAACUGUGUUGUUCAUACCAUAUGAUACUCCUGCUACUGUACAUGGUUGAUUAUGUUGUUCACAAUCACAACAGACUCAAGCUUGCCAGUCUACAUGUACAGUACUCAAAAGACAUUUGGUCUAUUGUGCUACAGUAUGCCGUAUAAAACCUGAUGCCAAAAAGGUUUUCAUAAGGUGCUCCUCUGGGUUUGUGAGACUAGUAUGGAGAACAUUAAAAACGUUUUGAUGAAACUUAAAAAAAACUCAAGCAAUAUAAAAAUGUAUAAAUCAUGAGUUGUAAUUGUUAUAGCUUUCUGGUUGUCAAAUGUUACAUUUUGGGACAGCCAGAAAAUGGACGCAUCAAAAUGAUCCAGCAUCAGUUUCACUUUGCUGACUGAGUGAAUCACUGUAUCUACAGUAGAGACCCAUUUUACUGACCACUACUCACACAAUAAAACGGGUUAAUUUCA